AGGUUAUUUUAGUUUUUGGGUUUUAUUUAUAAAAUUAGUUUAAUUAAAAUGAUCUAGCUAUCUUUUUUAUAAACUUUGUAAGUAAAUCCAUCAAGAUGUCACUCGCUAUAAAGAUGAGCAUCAAAUGUGCCCUCCCAUACACGAAAGUGUUUUAUCCCAUCAUACAAAACAGGAUUACACAGAUUUCCAAUUACAGCUCCAAAGUAAAAUCCAGUGAUCAGAAUUUGAAUGAUUUUACGGAUUGGGAAACGUUAAGUAAGAAGAAAAAGAUCAGCAAAGCUAUGAAAGCGUAUUUGGAGCGAGCAAAAGAACACGACGAGUUUAUGAAAAAAGAAAAGCUUCAAUUCGAUAUAGGCAAGAGGCACCUCGCUAACAUGAUGGGGGAAGACCCCGAAACGUUCACUCAAAAGGAUGUCGAUCGAGCCAUUGAGUAUCUAUUCCCUAGUGGCAUCUAUGACCCUGCCGCUAGGCCAAUGAUGAAGCCACCGGAAGAAGUGUUCCCAGCACGAAAAGCAGCAGAAUUCGAUGAAGCCGGUAGACCUCACCAUUUCCUCUUCUAUACAGGAAAACCAAAUUUCUUCAAACUGCUCUAUGAUGCAGCAGAAAACAUUCAAAAUUUGUAUGCCUUCAGUGAAAAAGUAGUGAGAAAGAAGGCUACCGCUGAUCCAAAUGGGUCUUUAGAUUUCACAUCUAGUGUUUGGUUCACUAAAGAUCAACUCGAACAAGCAUUGGUGGAACAAAUAAGUGACUUGGAGUAUGAUAACUUUAAGCUGGUCAUGGAAAGAUUGUCAUCUAUGCCUUAUUCAUACAAAUGUAAGGAGUUUAUUGAGAAAUACAGGAAUCCUCUUGCUAUCCAAAAGUUUGCUUUAGAAAUACCGAAACCGAGCUACGAUGAAAAUGGUAGAGCUUACAUAACCACAUAUGAAUGUUUACGCAAAAAAGCAAGAGGUGAUGUGACUAUUAGGUCUCCGGGCACAGGAAAGAUUACUAUCAAUGGCCAAGAUCUGACGUAUUUUGAAGAUGUUCAGUCCAGGGAGCAAGUAAUCUUCCCACUCAUUUUCACUGGCUUACAAGACCAGGUUGAUGUAGAAUGCAAUAUAGAGGGAGGAGGGCCGUCCGGGCAAUCUGGAGCCAUUAGAUGGGGAAUAGCAUGGGGUCUACGUAGUUUCGUCGACAAACAAAUGUUGGAGUCCAUGCAAGUGGCAGGUCUACUGACAAGAGACCACCGAAGGCGAGAACGUAAGAAGCCUGGUCAACCGGGUGCCAGGAAAAAGCCAACAUGGAAGAAGAGAUAAUUUACAUGUUUACUAGAUAAUUUCAAUAAAAAACA